AUGAAGGCUGCGGACGCAAGAGGCGACUCAAGGUGCGCUGAAAGCAUGGAGAGCAAAGCCGGGUCUUACAAACGACAGUACUGCUGCAGGACUUUCGCAAAUGUUAUUUCGGUUAUAUUUUCCGUUGUGUCCGUCGCGUAUUGCGUCCUACUGAGUGUCCAAACAUCCGAGAUAAGACAGAGGGUCGUGGAACUGGAAACUGGAAACCGGGAGCUUCUGUACCAUCAGGUUCCCGGCUUUUCCAUGGAUCAGUUUAAUUCAUUGAUACAGGAAAGAGUGGACAAACUUCUGUCUCAGCGGUCUUAUGAGCAUUUGGCCAAGAUACGGACUGCCCGACAGGCUUCACCUGAAUGCAACUGUCCACCAGGCCCACCAGGAAAACGAGGAAGACGAGGGAGACCUGGGGAACCUGGACCUCCUGGUCCACCUGGUCCAAAAGGUGACAAGGGGGACCAAGGCGACCAGGGACCGCGGAUGGUCUUCCCUAAGAUCAAUCAUGGCUUUCUAUCCGCUGAUCAGCAGCUCAUUAAACGCCGGCUCAUUAAGGGAGAUCAGGGUCAGGCUGGCCCCCCAGGACCUCCUGGACCUCCAGGGGCCCCUGGCCCCAGAGGACCCCCAGGGGACACAGGCAAAGAUGGGCCCAGAGGCAUGCCAGGGCUGCCGGGAGACCCAGGAAACCCAGGGGAGCUAGGACCGAUGGGACCCGAGGGGCCUCAAGGACCCAAGGGUUCUCUGGGCCCACCUGGGAUUCCAGGAGAUGAUGGAUUGAAGGGGGAAACGGGCAUGCCAGGAGUAGAUGGAAUCCCUGGUGCCAAGGGUGAAAUGGGAGAGCGAGGUGAAAAGGGUGAUAUGGGUGAAGAUGGUCAGAAGGGUGAAGUGGGUGAGAAGGGUGAUGCUGGUUCAUCUGCUGCUGGAAUCAAGGGCGAACCGGGAGAGCCAGGCAGAGGGGGACAGAAGGGAGAGCCAGGACUUCCAGGGCUGCCUGGUCUUCCCGGGAUUAAGGGUGAACCGGGUUUCUUGGGCCCCCAGGGAGAGCCAGGACUGCCGGGGCUUCCAGGCACCAAGGGGGAGCGCGGGGAGAUGGGGCCACCAGGGAAGGGAGAGCGAGGGGACCCGGGACCCGCGGGACAGAAGGGAGGGCAGGGAGAGCCUGGGACCCCAGGUCACAAAGGGUCAAAGGGGGAAUCUGGAGAGAAGGGGGAUGUAGGUUCCAUGGGACCCAGGGGCCCUCCCGGACAGAAAGGAGACCAGGGAGCCACUGAGAUCAUCGAUUACAACGGAAACAUACAGGAGGCUCUUCAGAAGAUUGCCACAAUUACAGUGACGGGUCCUCCUGGGCCACCGGGACCAGUGGGACCGCAGGGAAUUAAGGGGGAGCGUGGGGUACCGGGUCUCCCAGGACUGGAUGGGGAGAGGGGUCUGAAAGGCUCCAAAGGGGACAUGGGAAACCCUGGAAUAUCCGGAGAGAAAGGAGCUAUGGGACUGCCCGGCCUGCCUGGUGUUAAUGGUCUGAAAGGAGACAAAGGAGAUGCCGGUUUGCCUGGGCCUCAGGGACCCUCAAUCAUUGGCCCUCCUGGAUCACCUGGUCCCCAUGGUCCCCCAGGCCCAAUGGGCCCCCAUGGUUUUCCAGGACCCAAGGGAGAACCAGGGUUGAAUGGUCUGAAAGGAGCGCGUGGGGAGCAGGGGCACAAGGGCGAUCGAGGACCCCUGGGUCUCCCCGGGAUGGACGGGCCUAUGGGUCCAUCAGGUCCAGCUGGUCCAAAAGGGGACAGAGGUGAGAAAGGGCUAACUGGUGAACCUGGACCAAGGGGACCUUAUGGACUACCUGGCACUGCAGGGACACCGGGACUAGACGGGUUACCAGGAUUGAGGGGAGAGAAGGGUGACGUGGGGGAAAGAGGAGAAAAGGGAUUCCGGGGAUUUAAGGGUGAAAAGGGGGAGCCAGGGCAGCCUGGUCUGGAUGGGUUGGAUGCCCCAUGCCAAUUGGGCCCUGAUGGACUGCCAAUGCCUGGAUGUUGGCAGAAGGGAGUCACCCCAUGGCUGGUGGCUUGA